AUGGCUAAUUCCUCUCCAGCAGUUCUCCCAAUUUCCAAUCCCCAAACCACAACCGACGUUACAACCAUCACCUCCACUCAACAAUCUGCCGUACGUUCACUGUUUUCCCAAAUCUCCGGCACCGUCCGAUCCGGUCUCUCCAAUAGCCGCCCUUGGCCGGAGCUCGUAGACCGGUCUGCUUUCUCGAAGCCUGAGUCGAUCUCCGAAGCUACCCUUCGGAUCCGCAAGAACUACGCGUAUUUCCGGAUUAAUUACAUCUCGAUCGUCACUGUUGUGCUCGCGAUCUCGUUGUUAACUAAUCCUCUUUCCCUUUUCCUCCUCGCUGGCCUUCUCGCCGCCUGGCUUUUCCUCUACAUUUUCCGAUCUUCCUCUGAUCCGCCACUCACAAUCUUGGGACGCCAAUUUUCAGACCGUGAGACUCUUCUGGGCUUGGUCGCCUCCACCGUUGUUGUGAUCUUUCUUACAAGCGUGGGUUCCGUUCUUGUUUCUGCUCUCAUGGUUGGUGUUGCCAUUGUUUGCUUGCACGGUGCCUUUAGGGCUCCAGAGGAUCUUUUCCUUGACGAACAGGAGCCACAGGCCGGUGUUCCUGGCUUCCUUUCUUACUUCACCGGUGCUGCCCCUGCCGCACCACCUGUGCCUGCUAGGAUCUGA